AGUGUCUCGGACGCGACUGCUUACCGAGAGAGCGCACACACCACCUAAUCGGAAGCACGCUGUUGGCCAAUACCACGCCAGCAUGGCGGAAAUGACCGCGCAACACAACAUCCCAGAAAUGUUUCACACAAAAAUACUUAUAUUAGGUGCACAAGCACAAGGAAUUGCAGUAGCAUCUCACUUUUUGGAACACAACAUGGAGGACUUCAUUGUAAUUAAGUUAGGAGGCCAAACUCUUGAAUCCUCUUGUGCUUCAAGUUCAAAUGUAUGCAGACCUGAUGGAGACAACAAAUGCUUUCAGAAUGGGGAUGAAAGUUUCAACUCAGAAAAGAAUAGAACAAGCAUAUUAAACAGAAAUGCUAUUGUGAAGGAUCUAGGAUUAAUAUUCUUUAAUUCUUCUGGUCACAUAAUUGCUCAAGAAGAUGUGGCAGAAGCAGCUAACUUAGCAGCACAAAUGAAGGAGAAUGUUAUGUAUGAUAAAGGGAGUUUGUUAUCGUUGUUGGCAGAUUUACGUUUGGAACAAUUACAGAGAGGAGUGAAUGAAGAAACGUUCCUGGGGAGAGAUCCUGACACUGUCGAACUACUGUUAGAAUGGAAACAGAAGAUGGAAGAUUUAUUGUAUGGUUCUUCUUCCAAUACACGUAAAUGUUAUUGCAGUGAUGAUGAGUCUGUCUACUUAAAGCACAAAGAAGAAAGUUAUCAAACAGUACUGAAUGUUUUAUCAGACAACACUUUUAAUGAGACUCAAACCUUUCUGUGGACUGGGAAGCUUCACUUGCAUAACAGAGUGACAAAAAUUAAUUGGGAAUCUCAAAUAGAAGAUGGAGAUGGAAAAGUAGAAGUAGUGUGUGAUGAUGGCUCAGUGUACAUUGCUGAUUUACUUAUAAUUACUGUCCCAUUAGCCAUGAUGAACUCCCAAGGAGAUUCCACUUUUGUUCCUGCACUGCCAUGCCAUACACCUGAUACUAUUAAUGGAAUGAUAUACAGUCCUUUAGAUAUAAUUUCUCUGAAGUUUGAUCAGCGAUGGUGGCCAGAAGAAUGUCACGGUAUCGGUCUCUUAUGGGAAAGGCUUCCUAAUAGUGAAAGCAAAGUCAACAAAAAUAAGUGCCGUAUGCAGCUGUGA